AUGCUUCCGAGGUAGAUAUGCUCAUUGUCUUAUGAUGUCCACCUUGAUUCCAAUUCCAGAAUUUUCAGCAUGAUACUUUGUAUGCUUAUUUUACGAAAUCCACUCAAUUUGCGGCUUUAACACUCAUUCGACUACUACGAAGUAAACAGUUGUGUCUAAAUUGGCUGAGAAACCUUGGUACCAGAUGCGGUUGAUACCUUACGACAUAACAUAUGUGGUAUCUGUUAGACCAUCAGAAAUAUUUUUGUCUUUCAUUACUACAGAUCGAUAAGGUCUAAAAAUUUCCUUGUAUUCUUAAAAGUCCGGAAGAAUUUUAUUCAACGCACGUCCCCAUAAAACGUAGUCGUCUUAUUCAGACAACUUUUAUACGCUAGCAGUAGUAAGUCAGUUUAAGUCAGUUUAUUAAGGGAAUGAGGCUUUCGCCCUUGAGCUCCCUAUUCAUAUCGAUAAAGAGAAAUAAAGUCAUCAUUUACAUCAGCAAAUGUGAAAAGUUAAGAAGUUAGCGGUAAGUGUGAGCUAGGCGCAAACUGCCGCCGCUAAAACAAUCAUUAUUGCAUGUACAGUAGGUUCUCAACAAAUGCUCGUCGGGCCAGUACAUUUAUAUGGAAACGGGUCGAAUAAACCAUGUCAGUGGUUAGGGAGAUCGGCUAAACUUCGCCUACGAACUUUAAUCGAUUGCUCUAGUCACUGACGUAUUUUACGCAACCCCCUUCCCGUAAUGGCCUGAAGGGAAUUUGUCGGAAGCAAACGUAUGUUCGGCAAUUAGUUUUUUAUGAUUUAAUUGUUAAGUAACCCAAUAUGUCCUGAAAUUCUUUAAAAAGUGCAUAGUUAACAUAUUUUUAGUUAUAUACCCAUGUUCGUUAUCAGUUUACAAAAUGCUCGAGGAAAUAGGCGAUGUUUGAACCGAAGCAACCAAUCAGCGCAAGUUGCUCCCGCACAUUCCGCCUUAAUUUUGACAUGUCCAAGCUUCCUAUGUCAAGCGCCUUGAAGAAAACUGCCAGUUUUGCUUGAAGGAGCAGCACCCUCUCUGAACAGGGGUUUAACCUUGAAACAAACGCCAUUGAAAUAAGUGAAAAGAACUUAGAUACACUCACACAGCAACUGUGGUCUCUACGCAGGAGGUCGGUAAAGCGCACAUACUUGCAAGAAGCUAUUCGGACAGAAGACGGUUAUUUUUCCCCUUCAGUGUGCACUUCGAAGUUUACCAGCCGAAAAACAUUUGCAUGCACAAAUACGUGCACCCAGUGCACUCAGGUGGUCAGCAGAGGUGUAACUUUUACUGCCCCCCCCCUCCCCCCACCGACGGCCGGAAAUAGAAAAUCGGCUGCGCCGGACCCGCCUUUGGUGGACGGAACUGUCGCGAGCCGUUGAGAGCGAAAACAGUCAACGCAGAAGAGGAAGAAGCGGGAGAAAAGGACAGCAGAUACUGAUGACAGGAAGGAGGGGCGCAGAAGGGGAGGAAGGCAGUAAAGGAGCAGAUGAGGAAGUCCUGAAAGGGAAGAGUUUUGUAGAAAAACAGUGUGGGAGUAAGAGGAAGUGGAAGAGUUGGAGGUGUGAGAGAAAAGGAGCAAAAGAGGCGGGACUUUGUAGAAGGGACAUGAAGAAUCGGGAAAAAAUCUAACAGGAGGACUCACGAAAGAGGAAUAGACAAUAAUGGCAAGGAACAGGAUGAGGAGAGGGAUGAGGAUUAUGAUGAUGAUGAUGACGACGGCGACAGCGAUGAUGAUGAUGAUGAUGGUGGUGGUGUUGGUGGUGGUGGUGGUGGUGGUGAUGAUGAUGAUGAUGAUGAUGAUGAUGAUGAUGAUGAUGAUGAUGAUGAUGAUGAUGAUGAUGAUGAUGAAGGAGCGCUCUCCUAUGGCUAG